UUUCAUUCUGGUUAAUUGUUAUUUUUUCAAUUCUUUUUUUAAUUAUCUCUUUGUCUUUUUGUUUUAUUCUCUCCAAUUACAGUUGAUUAAUUAUUUCAUCUUUUUCUCUGUCAUCGGAAUUGUGUUAAUCAAAUUAAUUGUAAUAAUCUCUUUGGUUUAUUAUCAUUGUUCGCUUUUAUCUCUUGUUAAUUAUUGGUUUUAUAAUUAAUAAGCUUCUAUGGGCCACUUGUAAAUCUGGUUUCAGAUGUCAAGUGAAAGCUCUGCAGUUGAAAUAGGAAGUGAAGCUCAACCAAGUCCUUUGAAAAAGAAAAUCAAGACUGCCCAUAAUCCGUCUGAAGUAGAUUCUCAGGAGAAAAAUAAUAAACCUAUUUCUGAUUCCAACAAUUCAACGCCGACACGAACCAUGGUUACUAACGGUUCUUCGGCUGCCAAGAAUGGUGGUGAUAUCGAUGAAAGCCUUUACUCGAGGCAACUUUAUGUUCUUGGACAUGAAGCUAUGAGAAAAAUGGCUUAUUCUGAUGUAUUGAUCUCUGGUAUGAAUGGUCUUGGCGUUGAAGCAGCUAAGAAUAUUAUUCUAGCUGGUGUCAAGUCUGUUACUAUUCAUGAUGAUCAACUUUGCUCAAUUGCUGAUCUUUCAAGCCAGUUCUACUUGACGGAAGCUGACGUUGGAAAAAACCGAGCGGAAGCUUGUGUUGGCCGACUUGCCGAGCUCAAUAAUUAUGUCCCAGUAUCUGCAUACACUAAUAAAUUGGAACCAGAAUUUUUGAAGCAAUUUAAAGUGAUUGUAUUGACAGAAUCCUCAUUAAAAGAGCAAAAAGCCAUCGCUGACUUUACUCAUUCUAACAAUAUUCCGAUCAUUAUUGCCUCAGCGAAAGGAUUAUUUGGACAAAUAUUCUGUGAUUUUGGUGAGACCUUUGAAGUUGUCGAUGUUAAUGGUCUUGAGCCGGUCUCUGUUAUGAUCGCAGGAAUCACCAAUGAUGAGGAAGGUGUUGUCACUUGUUUAGAUGAAUCAAGACACGAUUUGCAAGAUGGUGAUACAAUCAUUUUCUCUGAAGUUCAAGGUAUGACAGAAUUAAAUGGAACAACUCGUAAAGUCAAAGUACUCGGAAGUUACACCUUUAGCAUUGGUGACACUCGAAAUUUGAGUCAAUAUGUUAGAGGAGGUGUUGCUACCCAAGUAAAAAUUCCCACUACCUUCAAUUUUAAAUCUUUCAGAGAAUCUCGGAAAAAGCCUGAAUGUCUUAUUUCAGAUUUUGCCAAGAUGGAACGUCCCCAAAUGUUACAUGUAGCCUUCCAAGUUUUAGAUAAAUUUGUCCGGUUAAAUGGACGUUAUCCCUCUUCUUGGAAUAAAACUGAUGCCGAUUCUUUGGUUGAACUUGCUCGUAAAUUUAUAACCAAACACAAUCUUGAAAUGGAUGUUGAUGUUGACCUUGUCUCAAAGUUUAGUUACCUCGCCAAAGGAAAUGUUGGUCCAGUUUCUUGCUUUUUAGGUGGUUUUGUUGCUCAAGAAGUAAUGAAAGCAUGUAGUGGAAAAUUUACUCCACUCCAACAAUGGUAUUAUUUUGAUGCCUUGGAAUGUUUACCUGUUGAUGGUGUUGAAGAGAAAGACGCUCAACCCUUAAAUUGUCGGUAUGAUGGUCAAAUUGCUGUUUUUGGACAAAAAUUCCAAGAGCAUUUAGGAAAUUUACGUUACUUUAUUGUUGGUUCAGGUGCUAUUGGUUGUGAAUAUUUGAAAAAUUUCGCAAUGAUGGGUAUCGCAUGUGGUAAAGAGGGUAAACUAUUUGUCACUGACAUGGAUAUAAUUGAAAAAUCUAACCUUAAUCGUCAAUUCCUUUUCCGACCUCAUGAUGUUGGCUCAAUGAAAUCAGAGGUUGCAGCUAAAGCAGUUAAAGUAAUGAACCCUCAGAUCAACAUUUUACCUCAUCAAAAUCGUGUUUGCCCUGAAACCGAAAAGGUUUACAGUGACGAGUUUUAUGAAAAUUUAGAUGGAGUUCUAAAUGCUUUAGACAACGUUGAAGCUCGUAUUUACAUGGAUCGAAGGUGUGUCUAUUAUCGUAAGCCACUUAUCGACGCUGGAACCCUAGGAACCGCUGGUAAUGUACAAGUUGUCAUACCCUUCAUGACGGAAGCUUACUCAUCCUCGCAAGAUCCUGCUGAAAAGUCAAUACCAAUUUGUACUCUUAAAAAUUUCCCCAAUGCUAUUGAACACACACUUCAAUGGGCCCGUGAUGAGUUUGAAGGACUUUUCAAACAAGAUGCUGAAAAUGCGAAACAAUAUCUCACUGAUUCUAAAUUUUUUGAUAAACCAGGUAAAACAAUGGAUGUUAUUGAAUCAAUUAAACGCGUGUUGAUUGAAGAGAGACCUCGAUCCUUUGAAGACUGUGUUGCUUGGGCACGUCAUCAUUUUGAACAAAAUUUUGUCAAUCAAAUUAAACAACUAUUAUUCAACUUCCCUCCUGACCAAUCAACAAGUUCCGGUGCACCAUUUUGGUCUGGUCCUAAACGAUGUCCCCAUCCUCUCAAAUUUGACCCAAACAAUGAGACUCAUAUCGAUUAUGUUGCUGCUGCAAAUCUUAGAGCAUAUAUGUAUAAUCUGCCUCAAACACGAAAUCGAUCUCGAAUCAUUGAGAUUGUCAAGCAAAUCCAUGUACCUGAAUUUGUUCCCAGAUCUGGUGUUAAAAUUGCUGUUACCGAUGCUGAAGCUCAAAAUGAUAAUGGCCCGUUAGACAAAGAUAGAUUAAAUCAAAUACAAAGAGAUCUUCCCGGUCCAACUGACCUAAGUGGUGUCAAAAUUAAUCCCUUAGAUUUUGAAAAAGAUGACGAUGAAAACUUCCACAUGGACUUUAUUGUGGCCACAUCUAACCUAAGGGCAGAAAAUUAUGACAUUGCUCCCGCAGAUCGUCAUAAGAGUAAAUUAAUUGCCGGAAGAAUUAUUCCAGCCAUUGCAACCACCACUGCCGUAGUUGCUGGAUUAGCAUGUUUAGAAUUGAUUAAGUUGAAACAAGGCCAUGAAAAGCUUGACUUUUAUAAAAAUGGUUUCAUUAAUUUGGCUCAACCCUUUACCGGUUUCUCUGAGCCUGUACCGGUUCAAAAGCAAAAGUAUUACGAUACUGAAUUUAGUCUUUGGGAUCGAUUUGAGGUGGAAGGAGAAAUGACCCUCAAAGAGUUCUUAGAUUAUUUCAAGAAUAAGCAUAAGUUGGAGAUAACUAUGUUGUCGCAAGGAGUCUGUAUGCUUUAUUCAUUCUUUAUGACGGCAGCAAAGAGAGAAGAGCGACUUGCUAUGAAUUUGGUUGAAGUUGUUAAAAAAGUUUCAAAGAAGAAGAUCGAGUCCCAUGUAAAAGCCUUAGUAUUUGAAAUUUGCUGUAAUGAUGAAUCUGGAGAAGAUGUUGAAGUUCCCUAUGUUCGUUAUCGUUUACCACCCAAUUCAACAUCUUAAUGAAAAGGAAACAAAAAGAGGGAGUAAAGGUUGAUUUAAAUAAACCUAUUUAACACCUUCUUGGGAAAGUUAAUCAACUGCACCACAACAAACACAACAAGUCUAUAAACAAAUCAAUUAAAUUACAAAAAAAAUUUUCCACUUUUAUUCAACAAAACAAGUUACAACAAAAGCUUUCUAUGUAUAAGUAAAACAAAGGUAAAUCAAUCAAUUAAUUAAACAAAAAUCAAGGUAAAUUUAUUACUAACCAUUAACACAA